AUGAUCUCACCUGGCACUAAAUUUUGGUUUGCUAUAUCAGCAGCCUGUUCAUGGUACGUAUGGCGGUUUAUGAGAAAUAUCGGUUCACCUGGAUCAUCAACGUCCACACCAUCGUUUUUCGGUGGUGGAAGUGGUGUAACCGAUUUAAAUUUAUCCGGAAGUUUAGCUGAAUAUUGUAAGGAUGUAAUUAUUGUUAUUAUUUUUACGCAAAUGAUCAGUUUAUUACAUGUCUAUCUCUGGUGGAUACUAUUGAUCAUUCCUCUUUAUGCUGCAUAUAAGUUAAUCAAAAUGUUUGUAUAUUCUCCGUUUGGCGGAUUGGGAGGUGGAAGUGGUGGCGAAGGUGAACAAGAUCAACAAAAAAAAUCUAAACGAAAGAUUGUUCGUGCUGUUCGAUAG